AGUAUUUGUCAUUACCAACAACGAGCUGCAUCAAAAAAUUUAACUCGAAAUUUUAUUGACAAUAUUACAUUUCAAAUUUUGUCUAGUGUUCAUAUAAAAUAUAAAAAACUCUUUUUUAAUUACAAAAUAUUGUAUUGAUAAAUAAAACCAACGAAAAAAAAUUUCUAUAAAAUAUCUAAAUAUUUCGAAAUUGAAAAAGAAUUUUUUUUUAAAUUUCCAGCUACUUUUUCUAUUUUUCCCGGGGUUUUUUUGAAUUUUUAAAUAAAAUUUAUAUUCACACUGUACGCUUAUCAGUGAUAGAUAAUUUUAAUUAUUAUUUUUUAAAAUUUCUUUAAUGUGUCAAUGAUAAUAAUAAUUGUGAAUAAUAAAUAAAAAUGUGACGUAACGAUUAUUAUGAUAAACGAUGUUGCAAGAACUCGUGCUUUGUGCCAUCAGAUAAUAAAUAAAAUAUGAAAAAAAAAGUGUGUUAGUUGCUAUCAGCUUAGCUAAGAGUUGAUAUACUGAUAAUAAUACACUGAAAAUUUCAGUUUUAAGUUGACAACGUUGAACGUAAAACAAGUGGAAUCACUGAAAAAUGAAGAAGGAAGCCGAUCACAGAAGAGAACAGUUGAAAAGGGCAACUGACAGAAUACAGAGGGAAAUUGAGGAAGUCACAGAGAGGGAACACGAAUUGAGAAACGUUGGUAGUAUCAAGACAACCUCAGACGAGACAGUUGACUCUAAGGUACAUCGUAUGCCACAAGCACUGAUAACAGGAAAAUUAAAAAGAACAACAUCAACACCACAAAUAUUAGAGCAAACAUUAACCCAAUCAACACAAAAUUUAACACCCAAAAUGACAAAUGGUGUUAUAUCAUCAUGCACAACACCAAAACCAUUACGUUUUGCAACAUCACCCAGUCAAAAAGGCUUGAUGAACAGAUUUUUAGCAACACGAGGAAAAUCAUACAGCAAAAAUAACAAUGAUUACAUAUCAUCAUCACAAAUAACUCCAACAAUUGUUUUAAAUCCAGAAAGUAUUAAAGCACUUGGUAAAAGUCUUGAUAAUAAUCAUUACAUUGAUAAUGAUGAGCCAAAAAAACCACAAACAAGAAAAGGAUAUGUUCCAGUUGAACAAAAAAUACAAAAAGAAUUAAAUGAAAUGAAAGAAAGAGAAAACGAAUUGAGAUUAAUGAGGUCAAGGAUGCUUGCCAAGUCACAACCAAACUUGCUUGAUCUGGGUAAUGACAAUGACUCGGAUAUUUAUGAUGGUUCUGGUUCAUCACUCAGAAGUGGAACAUCAACAAAUACACUGAAUGAUGAUGAAUCAGAUAGAGAAGCCAAGGGAAAGCACAAGCCUAAUCCAAGACGUCGUAGUACACUUAUUGCUCAAUGGGAAAAUUUAAUUGCUGCUAAAAUGGAAUCAAAUGAAAAUGGCCAAGAAAUUGAGCAUAUUUUUUAGAUUUAAUAUAAGAUUAUCAUUUAUUAAUUUUUAAGUUAUUAUUAAAAAUUUAAAUUAUGCUACAGGCUGGCUACACCGAAAAUUAUUAUACAUUAAUUUGGUAGCUAUAUGAAAAUAUAUAUUUUGAAUGACUUAAUUAUACCAAGAAUAAAUGAAUAUUAUUUUCUUUUUUGUUUUGACAAAUUAAUUAUUUUUUUUUUCAUUUAUAAAAAUUAAUAUAUAUAUGCUGUAAUUUGUUUAUAAAAUUAGGAUAAUUAUUCUAAAUAAAUUGAGCUUAAAAUUAAAUUAAUUUUUUGAUUGUUAAUAAUCAAUAAUUAUUAUUUAAAAUAUCACAAACUAAUAAUUGUUAGAAUUUUGUAGAUCAAGCAAUUUUUUAUUCAAAAUAUUCCGCGUAUUUUGAUCAUGGAAAUGCUUCAUUUUUAUUUCCAUCAAGCUUGUAGAAAUUGCCACUAAAAUAUUUCUACGCAAUCGCUAGAAAAAAGCGCGAAUUUUCUUCAAAGAAAAUUCACAAAAACAAAAAAUAAAAACGCAAUGAUAAACAAACAUUAAUAAUCCAUAAAAAAUAAAAUUUUUAAAAUUAUUUUCCAAUAUAAAAAUAUUGAUUAUUUAUCAAGAGAUAAAAAAAAAUAUCUCAAGUUUUUUUGCCAGUUUUCAAACGAAAAUAAAUAAUUAAUAAUAAUCAUAAAGAGCCAGCUUUCACCAUCAGGCGGUUGAUUUAAAUUUUGUUAUUAAUAGACAUCAAACAAGUUCAUAUUUAUUUGAGAAAUGAAAACAGUAUUCAAAAUUUGAAUGUUUGGAUGUUUAAAAUUAUUUUUCAUAUACAUUUUAUUUAUGGUAUAUAGAAAAACAUGAAAAAUUCAAUUGAAAAAUAUGUAAAAAAUUUAUAAAUAAUAAUAAAUCGAGAUAGAUAGUGGGGCUGAUAAUUUUGGAGCAGUCGCAUUGAGUAAUAGUCCCUUGAAUCAGUACAAUAUUGUUGAUGGUGUUGGUGACAUGACAGGGUGGAUAUGUGCGCAUUCACAUUGGACAGAUCGAUGCUAGAAAUAGCUCAAGCUUUUUGAGAGUAUGAGGUGAGUCGGUUUCGCCAAGUGCCAGAGCCACCUCGGCUCAAUAACGUGGAUAAAAAAAAUAUACUCUCAAAUUAUCAAAAAUUAAAUUACAUACAUCCACAAAUAAUUCAAAAAAA